CAAAUUCUUUCCGUUUUCCUGUUCCUACCUGGAAAUGGUAAGUCUUUUAGUUUGGGUUUUGCUUGGAGCUCAAGAAUUGUAUAACACUAAAACCUAAUACAUUGAGGAAAUUAAACCUAGCUAAUUGAGGACUAAGCCAGUCUCGACUCUGAUCCUAUAAAUACCCUAUUGGCGAGACCUUGUUCUAUCUUUUGCGCAGCAUAUUCAGAUUUCAUAAGUGCUUUCUUUGCGCAUCGAAAGGCAGUCUUAACUCUUUCCAUAUGGGGGAAGUCGUCAAAUCUACUAGGGAUGCAAAAGCAGAGUCUGUCGACAUUCUAGCAGCAGAGCAAAAGAAGGAGGAGAAGAACAAGGCGAGAGAGGAGAGGAAGAAGGCAGUUGAGGAGAAGAAAAGGAGGCAGAAGGAGAAGGAAGAGAAGCAGGAGAGGGAUCGCUGCCUUCAACAAGCGAAUGAACUCAGAAGGCUACUUCAAGGAGUUACUUCUAAUAUGGGUCAACAUCAAACAAAUUCGCAGACCCAAGCCCCGAAUGCUCUUGCCAAAGCUAAUGCAGCUCCUGUUCCUGUUGCUUCGGUGAACUCGGUGCCAACUGGUGCUUCUAAGAAGUCUGGUAUCAAUGGUCAUUCGCAAUCUCAAACCCCGAGUGCUCCUGUGAAGGCUAAUGUAACUCCUGCUCCUGCUCCUGCGGCUUUGGCAAAGGCUGCUCCAAUUAGUACUACUGAUGCCUCUAAAAGGUCUAAUAUCACUGGAUACUCGCAGUCCCAAAGCUCGAUUACUCUUAUCAAUGGUCAUUCGCAGUCUCAGACCCCGAGGGCUCCUGUCAAGGUUAAUGUAAAUCCUGCUGCUUUGGCCAAGGCAGCACCAAUUAGUACCACUGAUGUCUCUAGAAAGUCUGAUGUCAGUGGCCAUUCGCAGUCCCAAGCCCCAAAUGCUCCUGUCAAACGUGCUGUAACUCCUGCUCCUGUAACUUUGGCAAAAACAAUGCUAACUAGUACUACUGAUGCCUCUAAAAAUUCAGCUUUGCAGUCUCAGGCGGCGCAGAAUGCUCCAGUCAAAGUAGCUCUAACUCCGGCCAAAGUAGCUCUAACUCCUGUUCGUGUUGCUCCUACAAAGUCGCAGAAUGCUCCAGUCAAAGUAACUCCAACUCCGGCCAAAGUAGCUCUUACUCCUGUUCGUGUUGCUCCUACAAAGUUGGUGCCAGUUAGUAAGAUUGAUGCCCCUAAAAUGUCUGAAAUCAGUCACCAUCAACAUCAACCGGCUCCUGUAACAUUUGUCUCCAGUAUUACUGCUAGUACUACAUAGACAUCCUUCGUUGUUGGACAAAUCCUUGUAAAGGCAGAAAUUGAUCUUAAAAUCAACAGUGAGGGGUUUGUGUUGAAGGAGACUCAAAGGAAUGCUGUGGAAAGUCAGCAGACUGAUGGUUCUAAAGUGCAAGAAAAUGGGAUCAAUAAUGCAAGUACGUCACAAAAGAAGGCUGGAGAGGAUCAGAAAAACCAAGGCAACAGCAACAACAAUGCAGCAGCGCUUCCUAUUACUACUACUCCUCCUCCUGUUCCUAAAAGGAAUAGCAAUAACUCUGUCGCGCUGAACAAUCAUUCUGAAAAUGCCAAGGAAGUAGUAGUUCCUCAGACAAAGAAUAACAACACUGUUAGUAGUGAGUUCAGGAAACUACAAUACGUGGACCACAGACCAUUGGACCAUAGUACUACAGCUCCUAACUACUAUGACGUUUACCAUCAACUGGACUUGCAGUACCAAGCAGCCCAGAAGUACUAUCCAUGGAGGAUUGAUGAUGGAUCAGACCAAAAGUACCAUGGUAGUGGAAGAAGGGUUACUAAUGGAUCAGAACAGAGGUACAAUGGGAAUGGAAGAAGGUUCACUAAUGGUGGUGGUCAAGAGAGUCAAAAAGA